AUGCCAUCUCUAUUCUCCCUCAUCACACUACUCCUGUACCAUAUCAUCAACAUAAACUUUACAACCGCCGAAAACCCAAUCGUCCAAACCAUCUACACCGCAGACCCAGCCCCCCUAAUCCACAACAACCGGUUCUACAUCUUCACCGGCCACGACGAAGACAACUCCACCGACUACACCAUGCUCGACUGGCGCCUCUUCUCCUCCUCCGACAUGGCAAACUGGCAGCACCACCGCUCGCCCAUGUCGCUGGAAACAUUCAGCUGGGUCUCCGCCCAAGCCUGGGCGGGGCAGGUGAUCCCGCGCAAUGGGAAAUUCUACUUCUACGUCCCCGUGCGGAAUGGGCAGACGGGUAGGAUGGCGAUCGGCGUGGGCGUUAGCGAGUCCAUUGAGGGCCCGUACGAGGAUGCAAUUGGGGGCCCGCUGCUUGAGAAUAAUGAGAUUGACCCGUCGGUUUUUAUUGACGAUGACGACGACGAGCAAGCGUAUCUCUACUGGGGAAAUCCGAACCUGUGGUACGUCACGCUGAACGACGAUAUGGUGUCGUAUACCGGCGAGAUCACACAGGUAUCCCUAACAACGGAGGGAUUCGGGACCCGGCCUGAACCAACUGAGGAGCGGCCAACCGCCUUUGAAGAGGGUCCCUGGCUGUAUAAGCGCGAUGGGCUGUACUACAUGGUAUACGCGGGCACCUGCUGUCCGGAGAAUAUCCAGUACUCGACUGGCCCGUCUGCAACGGGGCCGUGGACGUAUGGGGGUGUUGUUAUGGAGUCCAGUGGUGCGAGUUUUACGAAUCACCCCGGGAUUGUGGAUUAUGGGAAUGUGUCUUACUUUGUGUACCAUAACGGGGCGCUCCCUGGGGGCAGUGGGUAUACGCGGUCUGUGGCGGUGGAGAGUUUCGAGUAUAACGAGGAUGGGUCGAUUCCUGUGCUGCAGAUGACGGAGGAGGGACCGGAGCAGGUGCGGGAUCUGGAUCCGUUUGUGAGGCAGGAGGCGGAGACUAUCGCGUGGUCUGAGGGGAUUGAGACGGAGGAGUGUAGUGAGGGGGGGUUGAAUGUUGGUGAUGUUAACAAUGGGGACUAUAUCAAGGUUAAUGGGGUUGCCUUUGGGGAUGGCGCGGAGUCGUUCAGUGCAAGUGUGGCGUCUGAGUCUGAUGGUGGAGAUAUCGAGCUGCGGCUGGAUGGUGAAGACGGUCUACUUAUUGGGACUUGCACGGUGGUUGGGACUGGGGGCUGGCAGGAGUGGACGACGGUGAGCUGUCCUGUCACUGAGGCUACUGGGACUCAUGAUUUGUUCUUCAAGUUUGUUGGCGAGGGUGAUGGCUUUCUGUUUAACUUUGACUGGUGGCAGUUUGAGUAA